GCCAAAUACACAAUAUGCGUUACUUCGUGUUUGCUUAAAUCCGUGAGCACUAGUGACAAUGUCAGACAAGAUCGACAAUUUGCGCUGUUUUUCUCAACCACUUAUUAAUUUAAACGAAACAAACAAUAUUACACCUGUAUCAUUGCCAACACUUAGUUUGCUAAAUGACAAUUCCAGAAAAAUUGUUAACUUAGACAGAGUUCAUCUUUCUCUUAGCGUACUAAGAUUGGAUCCGGCAGAUCGUGCGGUAAUAAAAAUCGCAGAUGAACGUGAUGCAAUACAAAAGAAAGCCUUCACAAAUUGGGUCAAUCAACAUCUAGUAAAGCGUAAUUGUUGGGUUCAAGAUUUAUUUUUGGAUUUACGUAAUGGAUACUUACUAGUACGUCUAUUGGAGUGUUUAACAAAUGAAGUAUUGGGACUUGAAUACAUUGAAAGUCGUGUCCAUUGGAUACAAAACAUUCAACGUGUACUGGAUUUUCUUCGAUAUCGUGGGAUUCGUAUUGUGAAUAUUCGUGCAGAUGAAAUUGUCGAUGGUAAUCCCAAGUUAACAUUAGGUCUUAUUUGGAUAAUAAUUUUACAUUUUCAAUUGGCUGAAUUAAUUGAAAAUCAAACAAAACUACCAUCACAUCUUCGUGUUAAUUUAUCCAUGGACAAUGCAGCUAAACAAACAUUACUUAGUUGGUGUCGGGCAGUCACAGCGAAUUAUCCAGGUGUAUAUAUAAAAGAUUUUAAUGAAUCAUGGAAAGAUGGUCGUGCAUUCCUUGCUUUGAUUCAUCGUUAUCGACCGGAUUUGAUUGAUUUUCGUCAAGUUGAUCGUCAAUCUGCUCGUGAAAAUCUUGAUUUAACAUUUGAUUUGGCUCAACGUGAACUUGAAGUUACUCGAUUAUUUGAUGCAGACGAUAUUGCCAAAACAACUGAUGAACGAUCAAUUAUAACUUAUGUAGCUUCACUUUAUGAUAAACUCGUCUGUAAUUCAUCACAACGUUCAUUAUAUCCUGUACCAAUUGUUCCACCUAUGCCUUCUUUAUAUCAUGAUUAUAAGUCUAAUAGACCGAUCGAUUCAACUUUUCAACUUCUUGCUUCUUCAAAUCAACUUUCAGAUGAAUUAAAAUCACUUUGGUCAGAUUAUCGUAUUUUAGCUAGUAAUUUAAUACAAUGGUUACGAUCAACUACUGAUCGUAUGGCUAAUCGUCAUUUUCCAUCAGAUUUAAAAUCAAUGCAAGAACGUGUUAUGGAUGAAAUACGACGACAUCGACGUGAUGAACGACCAAGAAGAGAAAGAGAACGUCAACAGUUAGUUCGUAUGUAUGAAGAAUUAAAGCCAUCGAUUGAACGUGGUUUACUACCAAUUGAUUUAUUUCUUCGAAUUGAACAAAUUCAUCGUUUAUGGGAUGAGUAUGAUAUUGCUUUACAAGAACGUGAAUUAGCUGCAAGAAAUGAAACCCAUCGUUUAGAUCGAUUACAAUGGGCUGGUAAUCGAGCUCUACGUGAUUGUAUUCAAGUUCAAGCACAAUUAACUGCUUUAGAACGUCGAAUUGUUGAGUUCAAAUCUGACUUACCUCGUCAGCAUGUAUUAGAUACUGAUAAUGAAUUAAGACGUUGGCGUGAUCAACUCACUCAAAUUGAAGCGAAAAUCAAUGGUUUAUUUAGUCAAGUACAACAUUUACGCACUGGACGAUUUGUGCAAACAGAACAAAUUUAUCGAAAUGUGUGUACAUUACACCAGAAAUUUUUAGAUCUUCAACGUGUGUAUCGAGAAUUUACACAUUCUUCAACAGCAUUAUCGUCACCUAAUGUUAUGUCUAGUUCUGUAUGUUCAACAUCUAUGACUAUGUCGAAUCAUCCUAUAUUCACAUCUCUUAAAAACGAUAUUGUUUUAGAGAAUGCUCAUCUUAUUCAAGGUAGCUUAAUUAGUCCAAUAGAACAAUGCUUACAAUGGAUUAUGGAACAUUCUCAAAUUCUACAAAAUUCAUCUUAUGGAACAAAUCGAAAAUCCGUAGAAGAAGCCACUAGGCGUCAUGAACAGUUUCAUCGAGAAGUUUUGAACUUUAAAAACGAAAUCGAUCGAUGCGAAGCUAAUCAACAAAAACUUCCGACGCGAUCAAAAGAGGAAAAACAAGUUCUUAAUGAAUCACUUCAAAUACUUCAACAAAAUUAUCAACAAUUAAUGGAGGCGUCAUCAAAACGUCGAAAUUUGUCAAAAUCAUUGUUGGACUUCAUUGAACGUGCUCAUAAUGAGUUAAUUUGGCUAAGGGAACAUGAAUCAGAUGAGGUGACUAGAGAUUGGACUGAAAUUUAUCAUGAUGGACUAGAUCAUAUUCGAACUGAUUUUCAAAAACUUAUGCAUGAUAUACAUGAAAAAGAACUUAUCUACAGUGAACUCAGUGUAUUGGGCUCAUCUAUUCAACUGGAAAACUACGAUGUAACUGAUCUUGUACAGGCUUAUUUAAAUGCUUUAGAACGUCAUUGGGCUUGGCUAUUACAAUUAACUUAUUGUUUUGAAGCGCAUAUAGAACAGAGUGCACGAUUCCAAAGUUUUUUCAAUGAUAUUGAACAAUGUGAAUCACUACUAACUACAUCAUUGGAAGAAUUACGUUCUCUGUAUGAAUUAACAUUGAAUGCAACUACAACUGAACAAGGUGAAACUCUUUUAAAACAAUUACAAGAACUUUAUACUCGUGUAAUCGGUCAAGAGUCUUUUAUAGUUCAAUUGGUAGACAUAAGUCAAGAAAUUGUUCCACCAAUACCGAAUCACGUAAAUACACAAGACAAUCAAACAACUUUGAUUGGUCGACGUAUACGUGUUCUAUGCUCAUUUCAACCUAAAGAUUAUUUGUUCGAUAAUCAAUCCUAUUCCGGUGAUAUGUCGAUUGUUAAUUCCAUCAAUACAAGUCAUUUAUCGAUUUCUAACAACAGCAGUAUUAUAGAACCGAUAUUUUGGCCAACUGGUAACAAUACAGGUUAUUUUGAUAAAGGCGAUUUUGUCACAAUAUUGGAGAAUCCAGAAAAUCAUAGGCUUCAAGUUCGUACAGCUAAUGGAUCUACGUUAACUGUUCCUUUGAUAUGUUUUCUACCUUGUUGGCCUUGUAAUGAAGCAAUGGAUCGAGCUAAACGUAUUAUUACAACUUUACAACAUUUUAAAACAUAUUGGUCUGAAUUAAAUUUACGAUUACACGGUCAUUUAUUAACUGUCACAAUGUCUAAAUUUAUGAGUGGUGAACCUAUUCAAUGUGAUAUUCCACAACAAAUGGAUAUAAGAAAAAUAAUCUAUCGUGAUGCUGAACGUUAUUGUUUAGAAUUACAGCUAGCUAAUGUACCGUCGACAGAAGUUGCAAAAUUUAAACAACAUUUUCUAGAUUUUCAAAAUAGUUGUAUUCAACAAAUGAAUAAUAUUCAAUCGACUACUGAUAACAAUAAUAUUAGUAAUGAAAGUGUAUUGAUUCAUUCAUCAGAAAUUUAUACAAUUAUUGAUGAACUCAGGACAGUGUUGAGUGCAUUGACAGAACGUCUUAGAGAGUCGAAUGCAAUACCUUUACCAGGCAGAUCCAUAGAUAUGGAAGUUCGUAUUAAGGAUCAUAAGGAAUGGUCUCAUGCUUUGGCUCGUGUUCGUGCUCAAUGUACAGAAUUGGAAGAACAUAUUCAAAAUCAGUCCCAUUCACAAUCAUUAAAUGAACAAGAUACAUUGUUGAGUACAAGUAUUUAUGCUUUGCAUAGAGCAGCUAGUGAACUAGCAUUAACUGGUCAUGAAUUCGCUUGUCGUUUAGCUGAUGCUGAUGCAUGGAUUGCUCGUUUAGAACAAACUGAUCAAAUAUUAACUGAUUGUGAAUUAUGUCUAUUAGGUUGUGCUGUACGUGUACAUGGUCUAUUACAAAUUGAUGAUUUAAAUUGUUCAACUGAUCCGGAUGGUCUACGUGUUACAGUGGUAGAAAGAGCUCAUCGUGAUUUGAAGUCGGUAGCUGAACGUCUUCCUCAAGUUCGAUCAGAUCUAGAUUCACUUAGUCAACAGUUAACUAGAUUUAUGGCCUCCAGUGGGACAUUUAACGAGAUGCUGCCUAAUAAUACUGCUAAUCUAUGUGACAAUUCAAAUCUCUUAAAAAUGCAUUUAUCACCUUCUACUGAUAAUCAUUAUUUGGAAUCAAAUCUUGCUUGUUCUGAAUAUCGUCUAGCUGAAGCUACUAAAGAAGUUGAACAAGAACUCAAAGCAUUUGGUGAAUCAUUAGUCUGUUUCUCAAAUUAUCAGAAAUUAUCCAAUCAACUCAUUGUCUGGUCAAAUGAAUACUCUGUUCGGAUGCGAUUAUUUGGUGAAACAACUCAAUCGUUAGGAUUGAAAUCAUCCAAUACAAAUAUGAUUACUGUACAAAAUCCUAGUUUAUUGAAAGAAAUUCUUAAACAAUCAGAUGAUUUAUUAACUGAUUUACAAAUUAAUUCAGAUGUUAUGGAACAAUUAAACAAAGAAGUCGCUCAUUUAGUAUCAGCGUUAACUAAUUAUGCACAACAUACCCAAAAUUAUCGUGAAUUAGUUGAGAGUACAUUUCAAAAAACUGGUGGUUCACGUGAUUAUCAAUGGUCACCAGGAUAUGGUUUAUUUGAUAUGGGCAGAGUAUUACAAACAACUGAUCAGUUGAAUAAUCAAUUUAAUACACAUUCUCGUCGUAUAUAUGAUAUAGUGAAUUGUUUAAAUCGGCUUCUGCGAUCUGAAGAACCUAUAUCUAUGAAUUUAUCUAGCCCAAUUUUUAUAAAGCCAUAUCGUGAACUAUACACAGGCAAAUGGCCAAAUGAGUUAAACAAUCGUUUAAAUGAAACGCAACCGUCCUUUUCUCCUGUAGUGUCACAAUCGAAGUAUCAAGAAAAUAGAAAAGAUCAUACAUCAACAUUAAAUGCUACGAAUAAUUCAAUCGAUAAAAAUCAUUCAGAUCUAUCAUUCUUUGAUCGGCUAAUUGGGGAAAAAGGAUCCAAAUAUUGUGUAUAUCUUAGUGGUGUCCAAAGUCAACCGAUAUGUUUACUGCCAACAGGUUGGGAAGCAGCUACAUUGACUACAAUAUCCAAAGUACAUGAUUUAUAUGGACCGAAAAUUUUUCCAACUACAGGUGCAUGGUUUGUUACUAAUCUAGCUGGUGAGAAUGAAACAUAUGGACUUGGUGAAACCAUUUGCAUAGGAGAUGCACUACGAUGUGGAUUAAUUGAUUUAGUUGGACGUAAUUGUCAUCAAAAUCGAAGUUCACUCUCCAUCUCCUGGUCUGAUGCCAUUGAACGUGGCUGGUUAACUGCUUACACUAUCCAGGCUUUAAACAGAAAUAUAAAAGUUGGUGAUUAUAGUGCGUCUGUAACAGAAUUUCUGACUAGUCCAUCACGUAACCCUAUCAAUCGUUAUAUCGAUCCAAAGACUGGUGUAGUCAUGCCAUAUGGCAAAAAAGUUAUUGAUUUAUACACGGACGGAUUCAUAAAUGAAACAGAUUUUCAUCACUUAGCUGCUAUUCUGUCUAGUGGAAUAUACGUAGAAUUUCGAGAUUGUUAUUUGACGUGGUACGAAGCCUUAAAUACUGAUGAAACAGCUAUCUGUUGGAAACCCUGUCUAUCUGAUUGGUUAGCUUCUGGUGCUUACAAUCCAAAUACGCGACGUCUACGUGUUGGUUUACUGAAGUCUGGGAAAAGUAAUAGCAAAAAUAAACUGUCAAAUAAUUCGUUAGUAUUUACUGAAAACGAGUUAACAAUCAGAGAUGCAAUUAAAACUGGACUUCUGGAUAAUACCGUUCCAGAAGUGAUUGUCCCUGUUGAAAAUCAGCAGGGUGGUUAUCAUGCUACCUCUUACCGACGUGUCAGUCUUGCUGAAGCAAUUCAAAUGGGUCUUGUUGAUGAUGUAUCUGGUUAUUGGCUUGGAUCAGGUUCACCUUCCAGCCGAAUAAAGGUCGGUAUGGAAGUAGCUCAAGCUGCAGGUUUAUUAACUAAAGCUCCUUGUUUAGCUGAAAUUAUUUUGUCUGGUCUGAUAUCUUUCAGUACUCCGAAUAUGAGCGAAAAACACCAUAAAAACAAUAUGGGUAUUCUCGAUGCUCACACUGGUCAAUAUGUAUUGUUUCCAGAAGCAAUUAAACGUGGAAUGAUAAUUGGAAAUCAACCAGCUAUAAUUCUUAUGCAAUCCGAUCCUAAUCAAGUAUUGACUUUAAUCGAAGCUCUGAAUAAAAACUUAAUCACACCAUCAGGAUUUAUAACUUUAGAUAAUAAACCUCCUAUGAAUUUGUGGGAUGCAGUUAACAAUAAUUACAUUCGACUUGUAUAUACUAAAUCUUAUCCACCGCCGGUUGGUUUGUUGUUUGAUGUUAAUGAAUCUAAUCAGACACAUCAUCAACAUCCUGUAUUAGAAGCUAUUCGUACAGGUCUAAUUGAUUCAUCGAAAGAGGAGAUUGUUCUUUCUAGCACAGGCAUACGUCAACAUAGUACAAGUUCUUCACAACAACGUAUCUCUUUAAGAAAAUCAGCUAAGCAUUCAGCAUUGUGUGACUUACAUUCGAUACAAUUAUUAACUCAAGGAUGUGGAUUAUUUAAUACAGAUGGUCGUGAGCUAACUGGUUUGGAUGCACUUAACUCUGGUUGGUUAAAACCAUGUGAAGAUUGUCAAAAUGAUUCAGCUAUAAUAUAUGGACAGAUAAUAGAUCCUAUUACUGGCGCAUCUAUGAUGUUAUCGCCAAAUAUGAAGACAAUAAAAAAUAUUGAUCUAUCACCGGUUGGUGCUCAACUUAUAUUAGGCUUAUCUAUCAAUCGUCCCUCAUCGGCUUAUUUAAUCAAUCAACGUUUCAUAACACGUUUAGCAUGGCUUGGUCCCGGUUUACAUAAUAACGAUAAUAAUAAUUUAGUAAAUAAAACACUUAAUGGUUCAUGGCUUACACAUUGUUGCCGAUCUGAUGAUAUAUUAGCUGUUAUAGAUCCAAUUAGUAGACGUAAAGUUACACAAUCAGAAGCAAUUCGUCGUCAUCUACUAGACAUGGAAACUGGUACUUUUCGAGAUCCUGUUCAUAACCAAAUCUAUCCAAUCAGUGAAGCAAUAGAAAAAGGACAUAUUUUAGUAAAAGAAAAAUCACUCAUGGAUAAUACUGCAUCUGUACCUCAUUUACUGCAUUCAGAAGUAAAUAACUUAAAUGAAAUGGUUUCUGUCAAAGAGACUCGUAUGUAUAAGAUUUUAAAUGUUCUUGAUCCUCGAACUGGUACUCGAAUUGAUCCAAAUGAAGCUAUCAAGAAAGGUCUUAUCAAUUUGGACUCUUUCACAUAUUAUGGUGUUCAACCAAGUAUUUCAAUUGAAUCUGCACAACAAUUAGGCUACAUAUCAAUUUAUGGUAAUGAUUGCGAAGCUUCUCAUGAUAGUCUUAUGAUGGAUUCCACAGAUAAGUCACCAUAUACUUUGGUUCAAUUAUUUAAUAGUGGUCAACUGAUUAAACAACCUGGAUCAAAAUGUGUUAUCCGAAUGCCAGGAUACACAGAUUCAAUGUCUUUGAAUGCAGCUAUCACGAUGGGUUUAAUUAAUGUUGAACAUACGAUAGUGAAAGAAUUUAACACAGAGAAAUUGUAUUCAUUGGAUAGAGCUAUUUCAAUUGGUCUAAUCAAUGAUCAUAAAGGUGUUUUAUUGUGUAAAAAUAAAUGGAUUCCAUUAACUGAUGCUAUUAAUCAAGGUUUGAUAACUGAGAAAAAAUUAUCCACAGAAAUAGUGACUUUUGAAGAUGCUCUUGAAAAAGGAUUAAUUGAUCCAGUCUCGAAUACUUUUCAUCAAUCAGAUAAUAUGAAUAAUUCUAAUCGAUCGAUUUCUAUGAAUGUUCAUGAUGCUAUUAAACAAGGAUUAUUGAAACCUCCCGCUACGGAAACUUAUAAAAAUCUCAAUGGCUUACCGAAUAAAGGAUAUACUCAUAGUAUGGAUUCCUUAUUAGCUAUCAAAAGACGAAAUGUUAAAGAUACAAACUCUACUGCUGACCUACGUAAUAACACACUGCCUCCUGUUAUACCAUCGAAUCACUUAUUAAAUAAUGGAAAUGAUUUUAUCACUAACAGUGGUCGUACUGAAUCAAAAUUGAUUAAAUUCUUAGAUUGUCAUGGUGUUGGACGACUGCGCGGUAAAUCAUCUCAUUGUAAUUUACGUCCAAAAUCUAAAGCAAACGAUGGUGAUGAAUAUACCGUUUGUAAGAAGCCUAGAAUAAAAAGUUGUGAAAUACCUAAAUUGAAAGAGCGUAACUGUGUACUGUAUGCUUUCUAUUAUCUACAUGAUGAUGUACUUGUUGAAGCCGCUAUCACUGACACAAUGGUUCGUGAAGGACGUGUUGAUGUGCACAGGAAAACUGUUUGUGAUCCAAUCAGUGGACAAUCCUAUCCUAUUCCAGAAGCACUUACAAAAGGUUUUGUUUUCGGUAUUGUUUUUACUCAAGCUGAACAACAUUUGGAAAAUGAUCAGCAAACAUCUAAUUCUUUAUAUUGGUUAGAAGUAUUUCAUUAUCGUCAUGAUAUAUAUCGUCUAGAAAAAGUAUUUGAUCCUUAUUUGAAUAGUUUAGUUUCAGUAUAUGAUGCACUAGGAACUGGUGUUAUUGAUCCUAUCCAUUGUACAUAUACUCAUCCGAUAAGCGGAAAUUUAUAUUCAAUCGAAGAGGCUCUUUAUCAAGGUUGGAUACAAGCAUUGCCUGUUGGAAAUCCGCCACCAUUUGAUUUAAUUGGCAGUUCAUUUGAUCAUGUUCAUGUACGUACAGUUGAAGAAGCUACUGUAUUUACCACAUCUAUACACACCAUACAUCGUGGUAAACCACUUCUAAAUAAUGUAAAUAAAGAAAUCUAUUCAACUGGUCAAAAAUCUAUGCAUAUUUCACCACAUACAACAUUAAAUGUACAACGUCAAAUACCGUGUAAAACGCCGCCAAGUUAUCGACCUAAUCAUCGGUUAAUGACAGAUUCUUCUAUCAGAUAUCAACUGAAAUCAGACUGUCAGACUACACCAACUGAAAAUGACCAUGCUAUGAAAAAUGACAAAUCUGCUGUUUCCACAUAUUUACAUGCUAGUCAACAACAGUUUACUGAUCAUAAACAAGAAUUGAACAAACCUAUCCAGAAUACACAUUUUAGGUAUUCUUCAAGAUUUCCAUUGAAAUCACCACUUCAUCCACUUCAAUCUGUUUGUCUAGUUGAUAGUAGUACUACACUGCCAGCUAUUUGUUUAUCAUUAGUAAAAUAUCAAUAUCCCGAUCCUACACCAACAGUUACUUCAAAUUCAUUAUCAAAAAAUGCACCACGAUAUAUUCUCCUUGAAACUGCUAUUCAAAGAGGAUGGAUUGAUGUUGAACGUGGUUUAUUAAGAACACAGUGUGGAAGAACUAGUAACGUUAAUUUAUUAGAGGCUGUAGAAAAAGCAUUGAUCGAUCCAAAUCAAUUACUAGUUUGUGUUCAGCAUCAUAAUGAAGAUAGCUUGAAGGAAUAUCCCAUGUACGGUAAUCAAGAAAUACCUGUUUAUUAUAGUUUAGCAACAAUACUAGAUACAGCAACAUUAAUAAUUCGAACAGAAUCAACAGAGCCAUUAAAUAAUCAGUGGCGAUCUAAUCUGUUAAAACUACUAUUAAAAUCAGGAAUUAGUUCAGAAUGUGUCAACUCCAAAAUGAACAUCAAAAUUGACACAAGAUUAAACGAAAGUGAUAAACAGAUUAUUCGCAAAACUGUACUACAGAAAACAUUAACAUGGAAUAGUAACGAAAAUAAAACAGUACCAUUAUUUGACACCAGUGAAAGAAUUACAAUGAAAAAAACCAUCCAGGAUGACAGUAGGCAGAUUGCACAAAAUAUAAAUAAUCACAGUCAGUCGACCACCGGCUCAGUAGAUAAUCAAAAUGGAACACUGGAAUCCUUAGGGACAGAAAUGAAUCAACACCACAAUACUGAAGAGGCAAAUAAAAAACAUAUGCACAAAAAACAAAUGGAAAGUAACUACACUGAUACCAUCAACAUGAAAACUGCAAUAUCCAACACAAACAAGGAUAUAAUGUCACAGAACCAAAAUCAGGAUGCCAUAAGUGUGGAUUCGACGAGUGUGUCGGAGUUGUUGUCGGACGUGACGGAGCGACGAGGUGUGGACAGUGGUUGGGAUUCGGACAUGCUGUCGUCAGAUGGUGUUAGGUCUGGAGAAGUGUGUGUUUCACCUGAGCAACGUGGACUUCAGUUAUGUGAGGCGAUUGAAGCGGGACUUGUUGACACGAAGUCCGGACUGGUUCGUGAUCCGUCUAGUGGUGAGGUGUUGACGUUGUCGCAGGCUGUGAAGAGUGGGCUUAUAUCAGGCGAGCAGUCGUUGGUCCGUGAUCCUGGUUCCGGACGUCUCGAGAGUCUUGGUAGGAUGAUGUUGACAGGUUUGUUGUCGCCUGCAGGUUUGAUUGCUCUUGCGAUGGAGUCGAUGUCUUCGAGAUCAGGAGAUGUGGUGUGUCCAUCGACGGAUGGUUUGGAGCCAGUUGUAGAUGUUGGUGUAGGAAGGUUGUCUGAGUUGGGAUCUGUCGGUGGGACGAGUGAUUCAUUGUGUGUGGAUGAGGUUGGUGCAAGUGUGGCAGACUGGAAGAGCGAUCAACGCGAAUCCAAGACUCGUCCAUCUGGCUUGACGAUGGCAGAUGUUGGAGUGGGUGAACUUGGUGCGAUGAGUUUGGGUGCUGAUGCGACACCAGUGCAUAGAGUCGGUGAUGAAUGUGAGGGUGUUGUGUCCUCAGAGAGUAUGUCUGAAUCCGGUGUACCCGAUGUGGAUGUGCACGACGGUGGUGUGAAGAGGCCAGUGAUGCUGACGAGUGAGGGUGUUGUGUUGCCGAGCAGAGAUGGUGUUGUGAUGGGUGUGGGUUCGACGAGUGUGUCGGAGUUGUUGUCGGACGUGACGGAGCGACGAGGUGUGGACAGUGGUUGGGAUUCGGACAUGCUGUCGUCAGAUGGUGUUAGGUCUGGAGAAGUGUGUGUUUCACCUGAGCAACGUGGACUUCAGUUAUGUGAGGCGAUUGAAGCGGGACUUGUUGACACGAAGUCCGGACUGGUUCGUGAUCCGUCUAGUGGUGAGGUGUUGACGUUGUCGCAGGCUGUGAAGAGUGGGCUUAUAUCAGGCGAGCAGUCGUUGGUCCGUGAUCCUGGUUCCGGACGUCUCGAGAGUCUUGGUAGGAUGAUGUUGACAGGUUUGUUGUCGCCUGCAGGUUUGAUUGCUCUUGCGAUGGAGUCGAUGUCUUCGAGAUCAGGAGAUGUGGUGUGUCCAUCGACGGAUGGUUUGGAGCCAGUUGUAGAUGUUGGUGUAGGAAGGUUGUCUGAGUUGGGAUCUGUCGGUGGGACGAGUGAUUCAUUGUGUGUGGAUGAGGUUGGUGCAAGUGUGGCAGACUGGAAGAGCGAUCAACGCGAAUCCACGACUCGUCCAUCUGGCUUGAUGAUGGCAGAUGUUGGAGUGAGUGAACUUGGUGCGAUGAGUUUGGGGGCUGAUGCGACACCAGUGCAUAGAGUCGGUGAUGAAUGUGAGGGUGUUGUGUCCUCAGAGAGUAUGUCUGAAUCCGGUGUACCCGAUGUGGAUGUGCACGACGGUGGUGUGAAGAGGCCAGUGAGGCUGACGAGUGAGGGUGUUGUGUUGCCGAGCAGAGAUGGUGUUGUGAUGGGUGUGGGUUCGACGAGUGUGUCGGAGUUGUUGUCGGACGUGACGGAGCGACGAGGUGUGGACAGUGGUUGGGAUUCGGACAUGGUGUCGUCAGAUGGUGUUAGGUCUGGAGAAGUGUGUGUUUCACCUGAGCAACGUGGACUUCAGUUAUGUGAGGCGAUUGAAGCGGGACUUGUUGACACGAAGUCCGGACUGGUUCGUGAUCCGUCUAGUGGUGAGGUGUUGACGUUGUCGCAGGCUGUGAAGAGUGGGCUUAUAUCAGGCGAGCAGUCGUUGGUCCGUGAUCCUGGUUCCGGACGUCUCGAGAGUCUUGGUAGGAUGAUGUUGACAGGUUUGUUGUCGCCUGCAGGUUUGAUUGCUCUUGCGAUGGAGUCGAUGUCUUCGAGAUCAGGAGAUGUGGUGUGUCCAUCGACGGAUGGUUUGGAGCCAGUUGUAGAUGUUGGUGUAGGAAGGUUGUCUGAGUUGGGAUCUGUCGGUGGGACGAGUGAUUCAUUGUGUGUGGAUGAGGUUGGUGCAAGUGUGGCAGACUGGAAGAGCGAUCAACGCGAAUCCACGACUCGUCCAUCUGGCUUGAUGAUGGCAGAUGUUGGAGUGAGUGAACUUGGUGCGAUGAGUUUGGGGGCUGACGCGACACCAGUGCAUAGAGUCGGUGAUGAAUGUGAGGGUGUUGUGUCCUCAGAGAGUAUGUCUGAAUCCGGUGUACCCGAUGUGGAUGUGCACGACGGUGGUGUGAAGAGGCCAGUGAUGCUGACGAGUGAGGGUGUUGUGUUGCCGAGCAGAGAUGGUGUUGUGAUGGGUGUGGGUUCGACGAGUGUGUCGGAGUUGUUGUCGGACGUGACGGAGCGACGAGGUGUGGACAGUGGUUGGGAUUCGGACAUGGUGUCGUCAGAUGGUGUUAGGUCUGGAGAAGUGUGUGUUUCACCUGAGCAACGUGGACUUCAGUUAUGUGAGGCGAUUGAAGCGGGACUUGUUGACACGAAGUCCGGACUGGUUCGUGAUCCGUCUAGUGGUGAGGUGUUGACGUUGUCGCAGGCUGUGAAGAGUGGGCUUAUAUCAGGCGAGCAGUCGUUGGUCCGUGAUCCUGGUUCCGGACGUCUCGAGAGUCUUGGUAGGAUGAUGUUGACAGGUUUGUUGUCGCCUGCAGGUUUGAUUGCUCUUGCGAUGGAGUCGAUGUCUUCGAGAUCAGGAGAUGUGGUGUGUCCAUCGACGGAUGGUUUGGAGCCAGUUGUAGAUGUUGGUGUAGGAAGGUUGUCUGAGUUGGGAUCUGUCGGUGGGACGAGUGAUUCAUUGUGUGUGGAUGAGGUUGGUGCAAGUGUGGCAGACUGGAAGAGCGAUCAACGCGAAUCCACGACUCGUCCAUCUGGCUUGAUGAUGGCAGAUGUUGGAGUGAGUGAACUUGGUGCGAUGAGUUUGGGCGCUGACGCGACACCAGUGCAUAGAGUCGGUGAUGAAUGUGAGGGUGUUGUGUCCUCAGAGAGUAUGUCUGAAUCCGGUGUACCCGAUGUGGAUGUGCACGACGGUGGUGUGAAGAGGCCAGUGAUGCUGACGAGUGAGGGUGUUGUGUUGCCGAGCAGAGAUGGUGUUGUGAUGGGUGUGGGUUCGACGAGUGUGUCGGAGUUGUUGUCGGACGUGACGGAGCGACGAGGUGUGGACAGUGGUUGGGAUUCGGACAUGGUGUCGUCAGAUGGUGUUAGGUCUGGAGAAGUGUGUGUUUCACCUGAGCAACGUGGACUUCAGUUAUGUGAGGCGAUUGAAGCGGGACUUGUUGACACGAAGUCCGGACUGGUUCGUGAUCCGUCUAGUGGUGAGGUGUUGACGUUGUCGCAGGCUGUGAAGAGUGGGCUUAUAUCAGGCGAGCAGUCGUUGGUCCGUGAUCCUGGUUCCGGACGUCUCGAGAGUCUUGGUAGGAUGAUGUUGACAGGUUUGUUGUCGCCUGCAGGUUUGAUUGCUCUUGCGAUGGAGUCGAUGUCUUCGAGAUCAGGAGAUGUGGUGUGUCCAUCGACGGAUGGUUUGGAGCCAGUUGUAGAUGUUGGUGUAGGAAGGUUGUCUGAGUUGGGAUCUGUCGGUGGGACGAGUGAUUCAUUGUGUGUGGAUGAGGUUGGUGCAAGUGUGGCAGACUGGAAGAGCGAUCAACGCGAAUCCACGACUCGUCCAUCUGGCUUGAUGAUGGCAGAUGUUGGAGUGAGUGAACUUGGUGCGAUGAGUUUGGGCGCUGACGCGACACCAGUGCAUAGAGUCGGUGAUGAAUGUGAGGGUGUUGUGUCCUCAGAGAGUAUGUCUGAAUCCGGUGUACCCGAUGUGGAUGUGCACGACGGUGGUGUGAAGAGGCCAGUGAUGCUGACGAGUGAGGGUGUUGUGUUGCCGAGCAGAGAUGGUGUUGUGAUGGGUGUGGGUUCGACGAGUGUGUCGGAGUUGUUGUCGGACGUGACGGAGCGACGAGGUGUGGACAGUGGUUGGGAUUCGGACAUGGUGUCGUCAGAUGGUGUUAGGUCUGGAGAAGUGUGUGUUUCACCUGAGCAACGUGGACUUCAGUUAUGUGAGGCGAUUGAAGCGGGACUUGUUGACACGAAGUCCGGACUGGUUCGUGAUCCGUCUAGUGGUGAGGUGUUGACGUUGUCGCAGGCUGUGAAGAGUGGGCUUAUAUCAGGCGAGCAGUCGUUGGUCCGUGAUCCUGGUUCCGGACGUCUCGAGAGUCUUGGUAGGAUGAUGUUGACAGGUUUGUUGUCGCCUGCAGGUUUGAUUGCUCUUGCGAUGGAGUCGAUGUCUUCGAGAUCAGGAGAUGUGGUGUGUCCAUCGACGGAUGGUUUGGAGCCAGUUGUAGAUGUUGGUGUAGGAAGGUUGUCUGAGUUGGGAUCUGUCGGUGGGACGAGUGAUUCAUUGUGUGUGGAUGAGGUUGGUGCAAGUGUGGCAGACUGGAAGAGCGAUCAACGCGAAUCCACGACUCGUCCAUCUGGCUUGAUGAUGGCAGAUGUUGGAGUGGGUGAACUUGGUGCGAUGAGUUUGGGUGCUGAUGCGACACCAGUGCAUAGAGUCGGUGAUGAAUGUGAGGGUGUUGUGUCCUCAGCGAGUAUGUCUGAAUCCGGUGUACCCGAUGUGGAUGUGCACGACGGUGGUGUGAAGAGGCCAGUGAUGCUGACGAGUGAGGGUGUUAUGUUGCCGAGCAGAGAUGGUGUUGUGAUGGGUGUGGGUUCGACGAGUGUGUCGGAGUUGUUGUCGGACGUGACGGAGCGACGAGGUGUGGACAGUGGUUGGGAUUCGGACAUGCUGUCGUCAGAUGGUGUUAGGUCUGGAGAAGUGUGUGUUUCACCUGAGCAACGUGGACUUCAGUUAUGUGAGGCGAUUGAAGCGGGACUUGUUGACACGAAGUCCGGACUGGUUCGUGAUCCGUCUAGUGGUGAGGUGUUGACGUUGUCGCAGGCUGUGAAGAGUGGGCUUAUAUCAGGCGAGCAGUCGUUGGUCCGUGAUCCUGGUUCCGGACGUCUCGAGAGUCUUGGUAGGAUGAUGUUGACAGGUUUGUUGUCGCCUGCAGGUUUGAUUGCUCUUGCGAUGGAGUCGAUGUCUUCGAGAUCAGGAGAUGUGGUGUGUCCAUCGACGGAUGGUUUGGAGCCAGUUGUAGAUGUUGGUGUAGGAAGGUUGUCUGAGUUGGGAUCUGUCGGUGGGACGAGUGAUUCAUUGUGUGUGGAUGAGGUUGGUGCAAGUGUGGCAGACUGGAAGAGCGAUCAACGCGAAUCCAAGACUCGUCCAUCUGGCUUGACGAUGGCAGAUGUUGGAGUGGGUGAACUUGGUGCGAUGAGUUUGGGUGCUGAUGCGACACCAGUGCAUAGAGUCGGUGAUGAAUGUGAGGGUGUUGUGUCCUCAGAGAGUAUGUCUGAAUCCGGUGUACCCGAUGUGGAUGUGCACGACGGUGGUGUGAAGAGGCCAGUGAUGCUGACGAGUGAGGGUGUUGUGUUGCCGAGCAGAGAUGGUGUUGUGAUGGGUGUGGGUUCGACGAGUGUGUCGGAGUUGUUGUCGGACGUGACGGAGCGACGAGGUGUGGACAGUGGUUGGGAUUCGGACAUGGUGUCGUCAGAUGGUGUUAGGUCUGGAGAAGUGUGUGUUUCACCUGAGCAACGUGGACUUCAGUUAUGUGAGGCGAUUGAAGCGGGACUUGUUGACACGAAGUCCGGACUGGUUCGUGAUCCGUCUAGUGGUGAGGUGUUGACGUUGUCGCAGGCUGUGAAGAGUGGGCUUAUAUCAGGCGAGCAGUCGUUGGUCCGUGAUCCUGGUUCCGGACGUCUCGAGAGUCUUGGUAGGAUGAUGUUGACAGGUUUGUUGUCGCCUGCAGGUUUGAUUGCUCUUGCGAUGGAGUCGAUGUCUUCGAGAUCAGGAGAUGUGGUGUGUCCAUCGACGGAUGGUUUGGAGCCAGUUGUAGAUGUUGGUGUAGGAAGGUUGUCUGAGUUGGGAUCUGUCGGUGGGACGAGUGAUUCAUUGUGUGUGGAUGAGGUUGGUGCAAGUGUGGCAGACUGGAAGAGCGAUCAACGCGAAUCCACGACUCGUCCAUCUGGCUUGACGAUGGCAGAUGUGAGAGUGGGUGAACUUGGUGCGAUGAGUUUGGGUGCUGAUGCGACACCAGUGCAUAGAGUCGGUGAUGAAUGUGAGGGUGUUGUGUCCUCAGAGAGUAUGUCUGAAUCCGGUGUACCCGAUGUGGAUGUGCACGACGGUGGUGUGAAGAGGCCAGUGAUGCUGACGAGUGAGGGUGUUGUGUUGCCGAGCAGAGAUGGUGUUGUGAUGGGUGUGGGUUCGACGAGUGUGUCGGAGUUGUUGUCGGACGUGACGGAGCGACGAGGUGUGGACAGUGGUUGGGAUUCGGACAUGCUGUCGUCAGAUGGUGUUAGGUCUGGAGAAGUGUGUGUUUCACCUGAGCAACGUGGACUUCAGUUAUGUGAGGCGAUUGAAGCGGGACUUGUUGACACGAAGUCCGGACUGGUUCGUGAUCCGUCUAGUGGUGAGGUGUUGACGUUGUCGCAGGCUGUGAAGAGUGGGCUUAUAUCAGGCGAGCAGUCGUUGGUCCGUGAUCCUGGUUCCGGACGUCUCGAGAGUCUUGGUAGGAUGAUGUUGACAGGUUUGUUGUCGCCUGCAGGUUUGAUUGCUCUUGCGAUGGAGUCGAUGUCUUCGAGAUCAGGAGAUGUGGUGUGUCCAUCGACGGAUGGUUUGGAGCCAGUUGUAGAUGUUGGUGUAGGAAGGUUGUCUGAGUUGGGAUCUGUCGGUGGGACGAGUGAUUCAUUGUGUGUGGAUGAGGUUGGUGCAAGUGUGGCAGACUGGAAGAGCGAUCAACGCGAAUCCACGACUCGUCCAUCUGGCUUGACGAUGGCAGAUGUGAGAGUGGGUGAACGUGGUGCGAUGAGUUUGGGCGCUGACGCGACACCAGUGCAUAGAGUCGGUGAUGAAUGUGAGGGUGUUGUGUCCUCAGAGAGUAUGUCUGAAUCCGGUGUACCCGAUGUGGAUGUGCACGACGGUGGUGUGAAGAGGCCAGUGAUGCUGACGAGUGAGGGUGUUGUGUUGCCGAGCAGAGAUGGUGUUGUGAUGGGUGUGGGUUCGACGAGUGUGUCGGAGUUGUUGUCGGACGUGACGGAGCGACGAGGUGUGGACAGUGGUUGGGAUUCGGACAUGGUGUCGUCAGAUGGUGUUAGGUCUGGAGAAGUGUGUGUUUCACCUGAGCAACGUGGACUUCAGUUAUGUGAGGCGAUUGAAGCGGGACUUGUUGACACGAAGUCCGGACUGGUUCGUGAUCCGUCUAGUGGUGAGGUGUUGACGUUGUCGCAGGCUGUGAAGAGUGGGCUUAUAUCAGGCGAGCAGUCGUUGGUCCGUGAUCCUGGUUCCGGACGUCUCGAGAGUCUUGGUAGGAUGAUGUUGACAGGUUUGUUGUCGCCUGCAGGUUUGAUUGCUCUUGCGAUGGAGUCGAUGUCUUCGAGAUCAGGAGAUGUGGUGUGUCCAUCGACGGAUGGUUUGGAGCCAGUUGUAGAUGUUGGUGUAGGAAGGUUGUCUGAGUUGGGAUCUGUCGGUGGGACGAGUGAUUCAUUGUGUGUGGAUGAGGUUGGUGCAAGUGUGGCAGACUGGAAGAGCGAUCAACGCGAAUCCACGACUCGUCCAUCUGGCUUGACGAUGGCAGAUGUGAGAGUGGGUGAACGUGGUGCGAUGAGUUUGGGCGCUGACGCGACACCAGUGCAUAGAGUCGGUGAUGAAUGUGAGGGUGUUGUGUCCUCAGAGAGUAUGUCUGAAUCCGGUGUACCCGAUGUGGAUGUGCACGACGGUGGUGUGAAGAGGCCAGUGAUGCUGACGAGUGAGGGUGUUGUGUUGCCGAGCAGAGAUGGUGUUGUGAUGGGUGUGGGUUCGACGAGUGUGUCGGAGUUGUUGUCGGACGUGACGGAGCGACGAGGUGUGGACAGUGGUUGGGAUUCGGACAUGGUGUCGUCAGAUGGUGUUAGGUCUGGAGAAGUGUGUGUUUCACCUGAGCAACGUGGACUUCAGUUAUGUGAGGCGAUUGAAGCGGGACUUGUUGACACGAAGUCCGGACUGGUUCGUGAUCCGUCUAGUGGUGAGGUGUUGACGUUGUCGCAGGCUGUGAAGAGUGGGCUUAUAUCAGGCGAGCAGUCGUUGGUCCGUGAUCCUGGUUCCGGACGUCUCGAGAGUCUUGGUAGGAUGAUGUUGACAGGUUUGUUGUCGCCUGCAGGUUUGAUUGCUAUUGCGAUGGAGUCGAUGUCUUCGAGAUCAGGAGAUGUGGUGUGUCCAUCGACGGAUGGUUUGGAGCCAGUUGUAGAUGUUGGUGUAGGAAGGUUGUCUGAGUUGGGAUCUGUCGGUGGGACGAGUGAUUCAUUGUGUGUGGAUGAGGUUGGUGCAAGUGUGGCAGACUGGAAGAGCGAUCAACGCGAAUCCACGACUCGUCCAUCUGGCUUGACGAUGGCAGAUGUGAGAGUGGGUGAACGUGGUGCGAUGAGUUUGGGCGCUGACGCGACACCAGUGCAUAGAGUCGGUGAUGAAUGUGAGGGUGUUGUGUCCUCAGAGAGUAUGUCUGAAUCCGGUGUACCCGAUGUGGAUGUGCACGACGGUGGUGUGAAGAGGCCAGUGAUGCUGACGAGUGAGGGUGUUGUGUUGCCGAGCAGAGAUGGUGUUGUGAUGGGUGUGGGUUCGACGAGUGUGUCGGAGUUGUUGUCGGACGUGACGGAGCGACGAGGUGUGGACAGUGGUUGGGAUUCGGACAUGCUGUCGUCAGAUGGUGUUAGGUCUGGAGAAGUGUGUGUUUCACCUGAGCAACGUGGACUUCAGUUAUGUGAGGCGAUUGAAGCGGGACUUGUUGACACGAAGUCCGGACUGGUUCGUGAUCCGUCUAGUGGUGAGGUGUUGACGUUGUCGCAGGCUGUGAAGAGUGGGCUUAUAUCAGGCGAGCAGUCGUUGGUCCGUGAUCCUGGUUCCGGACGUCUCGAGAGUCUUGGUAGGAUGAUGUUGACAGGUUUGUUGUCGCCUGCAGGUUUGAUUGCUAUUGCGAUGGAGUCGAUGUCUUCGAGAUCAGGAGAUGUGGUGUGUCCAUCGACGGAUGGUUUGGAGCCAGUUGUAGAUGUUGGUGUAGGAAGGUUGUCUGAGUUGGGAUCUGUCGGUGGGACGAGUGAUUCAUUGUGUGUGGAUGAGGUUGGUGCAAGUGUGGCAGACUGGAAGAGCGAUCAACGCGAAUCCACGACUCGUCCAUCUGGCUUGACGAUGGCAGAUGUGAGAGUGGGUGAACGUGGUGCGAUGAGUUUGGGCGCUGACGCGACACCAGUGCAUAGAGUCGGUGAUGAAUGUGAGGGUGUUGUGUCCUCAGAGAGUAUGUCUGAAUCCGGUGUACCCGAUGUGGAUGUGCACGACGGUGGUGUGAAGAGGCCAGUGAUGCUGACGAGUGAGGGUGUUGUGUUGCCGAGCAGAGAUGGUGUUGUGAUGGGUGUGGGUUCGACGAGUGUGUCGGAGUUGUUGUCGGACGUGACGGAGCGACGAGGUGUGGACAGUGGUUGGGAUUCGGACAUGCUGUCGUCAGAUGGUGUUAGGUCUGGAGAAGUGUGUGUUUCACCUGAGCAACGUGGACUUCAGUUAUGUGAGGCGAUUGAAGCGGGACUUGUUGACACGAAGUCCGGACUGGUUCGUGAUCCGUCUAGUGGUGAGGUGUUGACGUUGUCGCAGGCUGUGAAGAGUGGGCUUAUAUCAGGCGAGCAGUCGUUGGUCCGUGAUCCUGGUUCCGGACGUCUCGAGAGUCUUGGUAGGAUGAUGUUGACAGGUUUGUUGUCGCCUGCAGGUUUGAUUGCUAUUGCGAUGGAGUCGAUGUCUUCGAGAUCAGGAGAUGUGGUGUGUCCAUCGACGGAUGGUUUGGAGCCAGUUGUAGAUGUUGGUGUAGGAAGGUUGUCUGAGUUGGGAUCUGUCGGUGGGACGAGUGAUUCAUUGUGUGUGGAUGAGGUUGGUGCAAGUGUGGCAGACUGGAAGAGCGAUCAACGCGAAUCCACGACUCGUCCAUCUGGCUUGACGAUGGCAGAUGUGAGAGUGGGUGAACGUGGUGCGAUGAGUUUGGGCGCUGACGCGACACCAGUGCAUAGAGUCGGUGAUGAAUGUGAGGGUGUUGUGUCCUCAGAGAGUAUGUCUGAAUCCGGUGUACCCGAUGUGGAUGUGCACGACGGUGGUGUGAAGAGGCCAGUGAUGCUGACGAGUGAGGGUGUUGUGUUGCCGAGCAGAGAUGGUGUUGUGAUGGGUGUGGGUUCGACGAGUGUGUCGGAGUUGUUGUCGGACGUGACGGAGCGACGAGGUGUGGACAGUGGUUGGGAUUCGGACAUGCUGUCGUCAGAUGGUGUUAGGUCUGGAGAAGUGUGUGUUUCACCUGAGCAACGUGGACUUCAGUUAUGUGAGGCGAUUGAAGCGGGACUUGUUGACACGAAGUCCGGACUGGUUCGUGAUCCGUCUAGUGGUGAGGUGUUGACGUUGUCGCAGGCUGUGAAGAGUGGGCUUAUAUCAGGCGAGCAGUCGUUGGUCCGUGAUCCUGGUUCCGGACGUCUCGAGAGUCUUGGUAGGAUGAUGUUGACAGGUUUGUUGUCGCCUGCAGGUUUGAUUGCUCUUGCGAUGGAGUCGAUGUCUUCGAGAUCAGGAGAUGUGGUGUGUCCAUCGACGGAUGGUUUGGAGCCAGUUGUAGAUGUUGGUGUAGGAAGGUUGUCUGAGUUGGGAUCUGUCGGUGGGACGAGUGAUUCAUUGUGUGUGGAUGAGGUUGGUGCAAGUGUGGCAGACUGGAAGAGCGAUCAACGCGAAUCCACGACUCGUCCAUCUGGCUUGACGAUGGCAGAUGUGAGAGUGGGUGAACGUGGUGCGAUGAGUUUUGGGCGCUGA